CCGCUGAAAAAGAAUACUUACGAGUUCGAGUUUGAAAGUCUGAAACUCCAACUCUUGCAUUCUGGAUCUCUCCGCCCAUCACUCCAACUUCACUGUUUAAAACGCUUCCGUUUCGAUCCUCGAGGGAAUCUCUCUUUGCGUUUCGAUCCUACUCAAUGCGUUUUCUCUAAUUCUCAAUUUUCUUCUCAUCUUCAGGAUUCUUGGCUAGGGAAAAAAAAGGGAUUUCCAGUUGCUUGAUUUUUUCACGAUCAUCUAAUCGUUGAAACAUGAGUGCUUAUUUAGUUGGCGUUCUCGUCCCUCUUGCCGUCACUCUUUUCUUUAGGAAUUCUAAGAAAAGUGAGAAGAAACGUGGCUUGCUGGUCGAUGUUGGUGGUGAACCUGGGAUUGCUAUACGGAACUCUCGGUUUCCGACGCCCUUAGAAACUGCCUGGGAGGGCGUCUUUACCCUUGCUGAGCUUUUUGAGUACGCCUGCAAGAGGCACGGGGAUAAAUACUUGCUAGGAACGCGGAGAUUGAUUGCAAGAGAGAACGAAGUGGCCCCUGAUGGGAGGACUUUUGAGAAGCUUCAUUUGGGCGAGUACGAGUGGCUUACUUAUGCCAAGGUGUUUGAAAAAGUUUGUAACUUUGCUUCUGGGUUGGCUCAUAUUGGGCAUAGAAGGGAAGAACGUGUUGCCAUAUUUGCUGAUACCAGAGCAGAAUGGUUUAUUGCGCUGCAGGGUUGCUUUAGGCGCAAUGUCACUGUGGUUACCAUUUAUGCAUCUUUAGGAGAGGACGCUUUGUGCCACUCAUUAAACGAGACAGAGGUUACAACUGUCAUAUGUGGGAACAAAGAAUUGAAGAAACUUGUGGACAUAAGUGGACAACUUGACACAGUGAAACGAUUGAUUUGUAUGGAUGAUGAAAUUCCAUCGAGUGCAUCAGUGGAGCAGAGUGGGCAAUGGACAAUCACUUCACUUUCUAAUGUGGAGAAACUUGGUCAAGAAAAACCUGCUAAAGCUGACUUACCUCAAUCAGCUGAUAUUGCUGUAAUAAUGUACACAAGCGGAAGUACUGGGUUGCCCAAGGGUGUAAUGAUGACACAUGCAAAUGUCCUAGCUGUAGUUUCUUCAGUUAGGACAAUUGUUCCUGGCCUUGAGAGCAAUGAUGUUUAUCUGGCAUACCUGCCAUUGGCUCAUAUCCUUGAGUUAGCUGCUGAGAAUAUAGUAGCAGGUGUUGGAAGUGCUAUAGGAUAUGGAUCCCCUUUGACACUUACUGAUACAUCAAACAAAAUCAAAAGGGGAACAAAGGGGGAUGCCUCUGUCUUGAGGCCAACUGUGAUGGCAGCCGUCCCAGCAAUUCUUGAUCGUGUUCGAGAUGGUGUGCGCAAGAAGGUGGAUGCAACGGGUGGCCUCAGUAAGAAACUAUUUGACUUGGCAUAUGCCCGCCGGUUAUCUGCAUUGAAUGGAAGUUGGUUUGGAGCUUGGGGCCUAGAAAUGCUACUUUGGAACUUCCUUGUGUUUAGAAAGGUUCGAGCAGUUUUGGGAGGUCGUAUCCGUUUUUUGCUUUCUGGAGGUGCUCCUCUUUCUGGUGAUACUCAAAGAUUUAUCAACAUUUGCCUUGGGGCUCCAAUAGGCCAAGGCUAUGGUCUUACUGAAACUUGUGCUGGUGCGACCUUUUCUGAGUUUGAUGAUACAUCUGUUGGUCGAGUUGGUAAUCCAGUCCCUUCCUCAUUUAUUAAGUUAAUAGAUUGGCCUGAAGGUGGAUAUUUAACUAGUGAUUCACCAAUGCCACGUGGAGAAAUAGUUAUUGGCGGUCCUAAUGUAACAGUUGGCUAUUUCAAGAAUGAAGAGAAAACGAAGGAAGUGUACAAGGUUGAUGAGAGAGGAAUGAGGUGGUUCUACACAGGUGACAUUGGGCAGUUUCAUGCUGAUGGUUGCCUUGAGAUAGUUGACCGUAAAAAGGACAUAGUCAAACUUCAACAUGGUGAAUAUGUGUCUUUAGGAAAGGUUGAGGCUGUUCUUACCGUGAGCCCAUAUGUUGACAACAUGAUGCUGCAUGCUGACCCAUUUCACAGUUACUGUGUGGCCCUCGUGGUGGCGUCACAACCUGCCCUGGAAGAGUGGGCUUCAAAACAGGGAAUUGCCUUUUCUGAUUUUGCAGACCUUUGUGAGAAAAAAGAAACAAUGAAGGAAGUGCAAGCAUCAUUCCUCAAGGAAGCAAAGAAGUCACGUUUGGAGAAGUUUGAGAUCCCAGCAAAAAUUAAAUUGCUUUCUAAUCCUUGGACUCCUGAGUCUGGCCUUGUCACUGCAGCUCUCAAGAUCAAGAGGGAAGCCAUUAGGAAGGCCUUCUCCGAAGAACUCUCCAAGUUAUAUGAAUCAUGAGUUACGAGAACAUGUAUUUUUUAUUAUGAUUGUGCAGAAUUUCAAGGACAAGUUACCCAUCAUUGUUCCUCCUUUUUUUUUUUUUUCCUUUUUUUUUUACACUCCCAUUUCGAAUGUGCACUAAAUUUUUGUUGCGUUAAUCGUAGAACAUAUUUGUUUUUGCCCAGUUUCGAGUCUUAUAGUAAUGAAAGACAGAAAAUAAAUAUUGCUGAUAAAGUUUCAGAA